AUGCGGCCGGAUCGGGAUGCGCUGCCGAGUCACCGAUCCCGGAUUUUAUUCCUGGAAAACAACGGAGAGCGGCGCUGCCGCCGGAAUGUCCCCCGGGAUGUCCUCGAGGCCAUUCCAAAGCUUCUCCAGGCGGGGUUUUUUUUUUCGGGAGUUGAGGCUUUUUUCCCCCCCAGAAUCCGGGAAUUUUUUUCCCCCAGGGAAAACCGGAACCGCCUGACGCAGGUCAUGCUCCUGAAAUCCCUGCUCCAGGUUUCCGUGGGAUUCCAGUGCAGCAACAUGCUGACGGCGCUUCCCAGCGCCUUCCUGGACCGGCUCCUGUCGGCCGCGCUCCUGGAAGAUCCCGAAAUCCGACUUUUUGUCCUGGAAAUCCUCAGCAGCUUCAUCGACCGCCACGGGAAUCGCCACAAGGUGUCCCCGGGCAGCGCCAUCGGCGACGUGGCCGUGCUGAAGCUGAAGGUGGAGAAAUGUUCCCGCCAGGAUUCCGUCUUCAUGAAGAAGCACGGCCAGCAGCUCUUCCGGCACCUUUUCCUGGUUUCCAAGGAGCGGGAUAACGGCCGCGAGCACUUCCGGGCGCUCUUCCGGCUCCUGGUGCUGCUCAGCCUGGAGCUGGCCAACGAUGACGUCAUCGUGGACCUCGUGCGCCUGGCGCUCGCCCUGCAGGAGCUGGCGCAGAGCCCCGAGGAGCAGCUCCCGCCCUACAACCGCUGCGCCCUCCUGGCGCUCGGGGCCGCCUACCUGAGCCUCAUCAGCCAACUGCUGACCGUGCCGCCCUUCUUCCAGCACAUCCAGGAGGUGAUCCAGAGCCGGCAGAAGGAGGCGCCGUUCCUGCUGCCUGAGGAGGUGUUCGGGGAGAACCCCAGGGUGAGCGGGAGCCUGGAGCAGCUGGGGCCGGAGGUUUUCUUCUGGCAGAGUAAAAUCAGCGAAAUCCUGGGAAGCAGCGGAUACAGCCUGGAGCGGCUCAGCAUUCCCUACGUGCCGCAGCUGACCGACGAGGAUCGUUUAUCCAAGAGGAAAAGCAUCGGAGAAACCAUUUCCCUGCAGGUGGAGGUGGAAUCCAGGAACAGCCCGGAGCGGGAGCAGAGAGCUCCGGCGGAGGAGAUCACCUACGAGACGCUGAAAAAGGCCAUCGUGGACAGCGUGGCCGUGGAGGAGCAGGAGCGGGAGCGCCGGCGCCAGGUGGUGGAGAAGUUCCAGAAGGCUCCGUUCGAGGAGAUCGCCGCCCACUGCGGAGCCCGGGCCUCGCUGCUCCGGAGCAAACUGAACCAGAUCUUCGAGAUCACCAUCCGGUGAGGGAGCAGCGGGAUCGGGAUCAGCGGGAUCGGCAUUG